UGCCGCCUGCUGCUUAGUGAUAGCGUAGAGACUGUAGUGUUCACAUCACACCACACACCUAACCAAAAUUCUCGUUCACCGUUCAAGGAAAGUUCGAUAUAUAUAUAUACAUAUAUCUAUAUAUAUAUCUGCGCACAAAUUAGCCAGUUAGUUUCUCGCACACGCACACUACGCCACUGACCGACACACGCACGCCCGCACACGCAUCAACACGUAAUAUAAAUUAUAUAUAUACACAUACAUAUAUAGAUAUAUUUAUAUGUAUAUUUUAUAUUCGCGUCGCGAGAUAAGUUGAAGGGCGCGUCCGGCUAAAAAUCGGACGAGAGAAAGAGAGAGAGAAGGAAAAGGACUGCGGAAGAACGUAACUUGAUCCUCGUCGAGAAAUUUUCUGGAGAGAUCACUCUGCUCGGAGAGGAGAGACACGCGGGAGCCGAAAGGGUAGCAGCACCAGCAGCAGCGGCGGCGGCGACAGCGGCAGCGUCCAGCGACAGCAGCGGCAGCCGGAAGGGCAGCAGAAGAGAGAGAGAGAGAGAGGGAGAGAGAGAAAGGAAGGAGGAAACGCAGUAAAUACGAUAGAAAGGUCUCUCGGCCGCGACCUUUGACCCACCGCGACCUACCGCGAGCAGCAGCCACCCUCGUCGAGUGCGAGUCUGGGCCGAGGAUAAUUCUUCAUCAUCAGGGUCUUCCUCGUUCUCACGGCCGCGGGGGAGGCGCAGCGCGCGAUCUACCGGGGGGUAGCAACGUGGGAAUAAAGGACGGAAGGAUCCGGGUGGAAUCUCGCCUGCCGCGAGGAAGGACUGCACUUGGUCACGACGAUUCUCCGUCUACACCCGCGUUUCUCUCUCUCUCUUCCUCGCGCCGUUUCGUGCACCGGAAGCAGCGCGCACUCGCCCCAAGUCGAGUCCGGCCCGCCUGAACGUCGUCGCGUGUGCAAGCCCUCGGGAUACGUGAAAGAGACUGGGUUUCGCGCGUGUCCUGCGCCGCCGGGGUUUUGACCAUCGGACGAAACCAUCGAGCGAGACCAUUCUUCGAUUUUCCUUGCUUGCUCGCGCGAUCUUUGUCCCUCUCUUUUUCUCUUUCCGCCCGUCUCCGUCACUCGCUCGUCAGGGGCGUCGUCUUUAUCGCCGUAAGUCUCCUCGUCGUCGCAGCGACAUGGGCGGAUGUACUUCGAAGGAUACCACGUCGGGCGACGAUAAAAAAAAUAACAAAAUGGUGGACGCAGCGGUUUUGGACAAGCUGGAGUUCCGCUAUGUGAAACUAGUCGAGUCCGACAGCAAAUCGCUGCUGAAGAAGUAUUUAACCAAGGAGAUCUUCGAUCAGCUCAAGACCAGGAAGACCUCAUUCGGCUCCACCCUUUUGGACGUCAUUCAAUCUGGUCUUGAAAAUCAUGAUUCCGGCGUUGGUAUCUACGCGCCCGACGCGGAGGCGUACACCGUCUUCGCAGAGCUUUUCGAUCCUAUCAUCGAUGACUAUCAUGGCGGUUUCAAGAAGACCGACAAGCAUCCUCCCAAGGACUUCGGUGACCUCGACUGCUUCGGCAAUCUCGACCCUACCGGUGAAUACAUCGUGUCGACUCGCGUGCGAUGCGGUCGCUCCUUGGAGGGAUAUCCGUUCAACCCAUGUCUAACGGAGGCGCAGUAUAAGGAGAUGGAAGAAAAGGUGUCCAGUACGCUGUCGGGUCUCACCGGUGAACUGAAGGGUACUUUCUACCCGCUCACUGGCAUGAGCAAGGAAGUACAGCAGAAGCUGAUUGACGAUCACUUCCUCUUCAAGGAGGGUGAUCGUUUCCUUCAGGCAGCGAAUGCUUGCCGUUUCUGGCCCACCGGACGCGGCAUCUUCCAUAACGAUGACAAGACCUUCUUGGUUUGGUGCAACGAGGAAGAUCAUCUUCGUAUCAUCUCUAUGCAGAUGGGUGGUGAUCUUGGACAGGUAUACCGGCGUUUGGUGACGGCGGUGAACGAGAUCGAAAAACGGCUGCCGUUCUCGCACAACGAUCGCUUCGGCUUCCUGACGUUCUGCCCGACGAAUCUGGGUACGACAGUGCGCGCCUCAGUGCACAUCAAAGUGCCGAAACUCGCGGCGAACAUGGCCAAGCUUGAGGAGGUCGCGGCCAAAUACAAUCUGCAAGUGCGUGGCACCCGCGGCGAACACACUGAGGCUGAAGGCGGCAUCUAUGACAUCUCUAACAAACGCCGUCUCGGCCUGACUGAGUUCCAGGCUGUGAAGGAGAUGUACGACGGCAUCGCUGAGCUCAUCAAAAUCGAAGCCAGCCUCUAAACCCGCCCCCUCCUCCCGACACACCUCGUAUUCGUUUACUCUCCAUCGUAGCCCCGUCGGACGCCACUGUAUUACGUGACGUCACGCUGGAAGCUGUGUCUACGGCGUAAGAAUUUUAUUCUGAGAACAAAUCGCAAGAACAUGAUUUAAAGAGAAUCGUUCAAUGACGAUCUACGCCUGUGGGCAUCGAGCUUGUCAGCCAUUUUUUCGCGAAUUACCCAUAUAUAUAUAUAUAUAUAUAUAUAUAUAUAUAUAUAUAUAUAUAUAUAUAUAUCGUAAUUAGUGCUGUUUAAUACGAUGUAAGUUGUUCUCGCGCCGUCUUCUUUUUAUUCAUAUUUUAUUUUUUUAUUUUAUAAAAAGAAAGAGAUUAAUAUAAUAUACAUAUAUGUGUAAUAUAAUAAAUUAUAUAUCCCAUUAAAUACAGGAUAAAAAAAUCCUGCAAGAAAAUAGAACGUUAUGCUUUUUAUUAUUCAAUACUUUUUGUUAAUUGAUCUAUAUCAUGUCUAUAUAUCUAUUUUUUUUGUCCUUAAUUUAAUUGGAAACGUGAAAUCGUAGACUAACGAAAGGAGACAAGAUAAUUAUGCGAUAAAAAGAAGAAGGCGUUAUAGAGAUUGGCUUGCAUCGCACUUCGCACGUUGUAUUCGACAGUAUUUUAGUUUCGUUCACUUGUUCCUUUUUUUCGUUCUUAGUAAUGUGAUUUGAAAAUAUUUGGAAAUAUUCUCGAGGCAACGUACUCGCGCUUAUUUCGUUUUUAUCUUUAUUUUUUUUUUCUUAUUUUGUCGCAACCGCAUUUGUUAUCGAUGAUACAUAGUCACGCGCGUUUACACACCUAGUAGUGCUCUAGUACUAGUCCCCUACAAUUCGUCGAGAUUGUCAAAUUAAACGAAUUAAAAUGAGGGAAAUGAGAGAAGACGUCGUCGCUGUUUUAGGAGAUAAUCGUUCGACGAUGUCGGUUUUUAAAUUGUCCGUGUUCUUGAGAGCGUCACGGAACAUCAAAGGUCGCGGGAGUGCUGUUCUUAGUGCUCUGCGAUCUUCUAGUCUGCGGAUGGUGGAGAGAGCGACAUUCAUGUUUUUUCAUUCUCUUUUUUACGACGGUGAGUGGCCAAGAAGGAACAUCUGCGCGACGGAUAUUAACACGCACUACAAAAUACACGCGAGCAAGCGUUGCGGCAUAUUAUAGAGACAGUGUAUUACCAACAGAUUCGACAAGAUGUACGGUGAGAAUACAAGUAAUGAAACACGAAAAUAAAAAGACAUACACAUUA